AUGUUAGUAUUGAAAAACAUGUUCCUUGACAAAAUAAAACCAACUACAGAAAUAAACGACGCAAGACUGAAAGAUUGGGUAGAAGCUUUCCCAUUCACAAAAGAUAUAGUUGGUAACAUGGAAAGAAAACCAGAAUGGCUACAAAAACAUAUAUUUGGAAACGAGCUUAUUCCAUAUGGACAGGCACUGUUUGAAGAGCUUGAACCGGAAACUCAGGACAGAGUCAUGCAAACAAUAAGCGACGACUCAAAUACAGACUAUGACAAACUCUUUCUAGGAUAUAGGUUACCUGAGAUGGGCGACCAGAGCCAAAAGGCAAAAAGGACAUGGAAAAUUUGCAACAUACUAGAUGAACAUAAUGCAAAGAUGCAACAACUUCAAGCAGAGGGCAAUGAAGGAAAAAGAAGAGUUAAAAACUCAGUCAGGAAGAAAGUAAAGCUUGGUCGGAGUGGGUUCUAUUAUGACAUAUAA